AUAUUUAAGAAAUAGCGUGUACAAAAACAAGGGCAAAAUGAUUAAAAUCAGGUUGCGAACCUCGGACGGGGAGACCUUCGAGACGGACACCCAGGUCGUCAAGUGCUCCGGUCUGAUCAUGACCUUGCUGAAGGACAGCGGCGAGGAGGUCGAAGAGAACGCCCUUGUGCUGCUGCCCUGUGUGACCUCGACCGCUCUUCGCAGAGUGCUCACCUGGGCGCAAUUCCACAAGGACGAUGAUGAGGGUAAGGACAAGCGCACCAUCAGCUCCUGGGAUGCCCGAUUCCUGGAAGUCGACAAGGACACCCUGUUUCAGCUCGUCCUGGCGGCUGACUAUCUGAAAAUCCAGGACCUGCUGGACCUCACGUGUGAUGUGGUGUCCACUAUGGUUCACGGCAAGACUCCGGAGCAGAUGCGCAAGUUCUUCAAUAUCAACAUAGACUUUAAGCCCGCCGAGUGGGAAUAGGUGCUCCGGGAGAAGAAAGAGAUGGCCCAAAAUCAAGUUAAGAAGAUUAAAAAGCGAGCUACAUAUAAAUGAAUAAGAACCUUUUGAUUUUACUUUUAUAAACAUGUAAACAUAUUUUCAAAGAUCCAGUUCCCUAUGAAAGAAAGGGCUAAAAUCUUUAACGAGCUCCAAUUUACUAAGAAUUGUCAAACAUAAUUUUGGAGAAAUAAAAAUCUUUUCGUUUACCACACAUAAAUGAAUGAAUGGUAUGGCAUACCGGAAACCAAACGUAAAACCGAUCGGAAAGUUAUACGCUUUUAUGCCUGGUGGCUCAUAGUAUGGGGAAUUCUUCUGGCACUUUUUAUGUGCUUUUCGGUUUAUCAGGUAUUUCAGUUUGAACAUGACCGUAGAAAAUAUCGUUCCUUUAAAUUUAUAUCCAUGGUGAUAUGGGUGAUAUUUUUGGGACUUUGCUCAGUAUUGAUGGUAAUCUCUGGUCUCUUCCUGAUUGGCGGCGUUAAAAAGGAUGGAAGGAAAAAUCUGCAUAGGGGGAAAAUUAUCAGUUUUAUUU